AUGCUAUUUAAACCAUGGUCAGAUGUACCGCAUCCGCGUCACGAACUAGACGACGAGCCCGAGUCGCCCCCAUUGGUGCCCGAAGUCGAAACCCAGCUCACCGCCUCAAUUUUGCCUGAGACAAUUGUGGUUGUGCCGAAAAACAUCGGUGUGAUUGUUGAGAUGGUUUCUGAGAAGAAAGUCGCAGGCCAUAUUUCUGUCUCAUACCCACAAUUGCAUGAAAUGGUACCUUCUGAGGAGUAUGAUGAGGAUGCGCAGCUUUACUCAGCAGUGAACCUUGAAGCGCUACAGCGGAGGUUCAAAGAUGAACGGAUCCCGAUUUUUGCUCUUGACGAGACUGGAAAUGGGUUCGCCGUGGUUGUCCCGCAUUUCAUCAACCCAAUUGCCGAGAACAAAGUUGCAAGAGAAAUCAUAAAGUUAGGCACCCACAUCACGUCUUGGGUAGCAUUGGCACCUUCCCCUCUCAACAAUGGCACAUCCAUAUGUAAAUUGGACACAAAUCUGUCGGCAGAUCAAUCUUUUGAGAAAAUUCCACAGAUGAAACCACCACACUACAUUACUGGCAUAGUGGCGGGAAUGACAUCCUGUCUAUUUCAGAAACGCCAACUAGGAAACGCAUCUGUGUUGGUGCUCAAUGCCGAGGGUCACCUGGGUUUUGAAAAAGUGGACGCUGACCUGGUCAUGGACGCUGCUGAUCUUGUUGCCAAAUACUUGGUGGGAGAGCAGAACAAGACGAGCUACAUCAAACAGCUUAGUGCCCGUGUACGGAAGAUUAAUUCCGGAAUUACCCUGGGUAUGUAUUUAUAA